GGAAGCUUGACCCGGAAGUGCUCUCGGGCAGGCGGGACCGCCUCGCACUGAAGGAAUACUUCCGGGGCAGUAGGAGGGGUUUCUCGGCGGCUCCGGAGGCGGCAAUGAUCUAAUCAUGUCAGAGAAAGAUGAUAUUGAGACUCCAGUGAUAAGUGAAGCAUCCUCCACUCUUGAAGAUGGGAACUGUGAACCAGCCAAGAAUUCUGAGUCUGUUGACCAAAGUGCCAAGCCAGAGAGUAAAUCCGAACCUGUAGCUAUCACUCGGAAAAGACCGGAGUCCAAACCUUCCAGUGACUUCGAGACUUCAGAAAUUCUCCCUGUUGAGGCAUCACAGGCUGUAGGCAAAGAGACUGUUUCCAAAGAUGUACCUCAGACUGGUUGGGGAUAUUGGGGCAGCUGGGGCAAGUCCUUACUCUCUUCAGCCUCAGCUACAGUAGCUACAGUAGGACAAGGUAUUUCAAAUGUCAUUGAGAAGGCAGAGACUUCUCUUGGAAUUCCUAGUCCCAGUGAAAUUUCAACCGAAGUCCAGUAUGCAACAGGAGAGACAAAUGCCAAAGAGAAUGCAAACUCUUCCCCAUUGACUGGGCCAUUUGGUGUAUUCUCAACCAUCUCUACUGCUGUUCAGACCACAGGAAAGAGCGUAAUCAGUGGAGGUUUGGAUGCCUUAGAAUUCAUUGGGAAAAAGACAAUGGAUGUAAUAGCAGAAGGGGAUCCUGGAUUUAAAAGAACCAAGGGUCUGAUGAACCGGAAUUCUACAUUGUCACAGGUUUUACGAGAGGCAAAGGAGAAAGAAGAGCUAUGGACCUCCAAUGAGGUUACCUUGGAAACGGACAAGAAAACUAAUUAUGGGCUCCUCUUUGAUGAAUUUCAAGGCCUUUCACAUCUGGAAGCUCUGGAGAUGCUUUCCCAAGAAAGUGAAAUAAAGGUGAAGUCCAUUCUUAAUUCUCUAAGUGGAGAAGAAUUAGAGACUCUAAAACUUGAAUUGGAGCAACUCAAGGAAGCAUUUUCCCUAGCAGAAUUCUGUGAGGAAGAGGAAGAGGAGAAAAAAGGGGAUGAAGACUUUACCAAAGAGAUAACAGAGCUGUUUUCCCAGCUGCAGGUCUCCUCCAAACCUGAGAAACUUGCCAGGGCAAGAAAUACUGCCUACGAAUGGAUCAGUACAUCUCUGGCCAAGCCAUUAGAAGAGAAGGAAGAAGGAGAAAAACAGUUGGAAACAGAAAAAACUGAGAAAAUCAGUAAAAAUUCAGUAGAGGAUAUCCAUGCAUUUGCAAUCCGGAGCCUAGCAGAACUGACUGCCUGCUCAAUUGAACUGUUUCACAAAACAGCAGCUCUGGUUCUGCAUGGCCAGAAGCAGGAAGUGACAGCUAUAGAAAGGAGCAGAACUCUUUCCCAGAUGACAGUUGUGUUGUGUAAAGAGUUGUCUUCUCUGUCUAAAGAGUUCACCACCUGCCUAACAACUGCUGGGGUCAAAGAAAAAGCAGACAUCCUUAAUCCCCUAAUCACUGCAGUAUUUCUAGAGGCCUCAAACAGUGCUUCCUAUAUUCAGGAUGCCUUUCAGCUGCUCUUACCUGUGCUGGAAAUCUCUCUCAUUGAGAAUAAAACUGAAUUGCCAGAGGCAUGAGCUGCAGGCCCAGGGCCUUCGUUAGAACAUUGAAGAACAGAGAAGAUUCAACCCAAAACUUGUGACAGCCAAGAAAUGCACUCUCUUUUGGGUACGCCUGAAGAAGUAAAGGAGAAAGGAUUAUUUUAGUAUAUAAAAUUUAGGCAGGAGAGCAGGUUUAAAUGAGGUUUGUUGCAUUCGCUGCUUGGCUGAAUUAUUCAGGUCUUCACAUUGCCCUUCCAAGUUGUUAGAAUUAUUAAAUUAUUUGAGAAGAAACUUUUAUAGAAAGUUCAAGAAUAAUAGCUCUAGAUAAAGGUUAAUGGGAUACUCAGGCAAAAAUAUUGGUCUUUCUUGGACAUGAUGCAAAACACUGUUUUGUUAUGGUUCCAUAUGAUUUUGUAGCCCACUGAUAUAAUCGGUUGUGGGGGAAGCAAGAGAGAAACAACUUAAUUUAGUAUUCUAGAAUUCCUGUGCUUGAUCUAUUGAUGCCAUGACCUUUCUCCUUUCUGUAAUAAAAUCUAUGGCUUUAAGGAAACAGUAUGUAGAAAUGUAAUGAUUACCUAAAUUCUUUGGACUUGGUUAGAAAGUUUCAUGUGCUCUUUCAUUCUCAGUGAAUAUUUGGCAUGAAGGAGGAACAUCUGAAAUGUACUCGAAGCCACAUGAAUUAACUACAGCAAAGUGCCCUUUGGCUUCAAAUUGUUCUCCUACCCUAAGGUGACAAGUUUCAAGUUGUAGUUGAACCCCACUCAACUGGGUUCCAGACCAACAAGUGCAACUUAGAGAAACAGUUUCAUGUUGGCAGGUAUCCGAGUCUCUCCAGGAUGUUUUUCAUGCAUACCUUAGGUGCAGGAUAAAUUCUGUAAUAGCCAGCUCCAAAGGAGUAUUGGAGCUCUUUUAGUGAUGGGGUUUUUGUUAUUUGAAUAUUGUUGAAGGGGAUUAUAGUCCCAUAGAAAUCAUUUAUAACAGGAUUUAACCUGAAAGACACAAUAUGUUUUUCCUUAUUCUUUUUUGUUUUGUUUUAAUGUAUUCCUUAGCAUGUUUAUAAAUAUAACUUUUAUCCUUUAAAUCUUAAGCCUUCUUUUGCUCUCUUCAACAAUGUAAGAGGCUAAUAAGGUGUUAUCUUCCGAAAAGUUGUUUGGUAUCCACUCUUUUUAAAAAAAAUUCUCCAACUUUGUGGUUGGAGGUAACUUUGUGAGCUCUACCAUUCAUCUUCUAAAACCUUUAAAUAAAAUGUAAUAAUUAUA